AUGGGUUUUAAGACCGGACUCCGUCAAAAGAGAUUCUCACGAAGAGAUCAUCUCAGCGCUCGUCAAAGACGAGAUGAUCGAGCCGUGUGGUUAGCGGGAGUUUCGAACCGAACGGGGCAAGGAUCCGGAGAUACGGGAGCAGAUUUCGGAAUCGGGAUUUACAACGACCACCAUUAUCACCUAGGCUACUUUCUCUACGCGAUUGCUGUGCUCGCUAAGAUGGAUCCUUUGUGGGGGAAGAGAUACAGGCCAGACCGACCUCAGGGAAGAAAAAAGGGGCUAGCUCCAAUUCCAAUUACCCGCUUUUGA